AUGUUGUAUCGGGCUAUUAAUGGAGACUCUGCUGGACCUGAACGUAGGGAAGACCCUGGAGUCGCGCCGCAAGCUCCGCACGGACCUCACAGAUAUGAGGGUCCCCCCACACCGUGUCCUGCGCGUGUAGAAUAUGCCACUCCCGUAUUCGCUCGGAAUUACCAGGGUGUGUGGCGGUAUGUGGUACAGAUACCCUAUGAGGGAUACUUUACACAAACCGUUGAAGUCACGCGUUGCAUGCAGUCUCGAUGCCAUUACUUAGAGGGCGGAUGUUUGAGUUCGCCGCGCUGGGUGUCGCUGCUCGUCGCUGAAAUGCAUUAUCCGUCGACGUCGCAACAGCCGGAUUACCAGCAGUUCGGGACUCAGACGGGGGAGGUGACGACCGAGAAGCCCAUGCACUGUGAUGGGCAUGACGAACUAGGAUGUUAUCAGGUGCGGUUGUACUACGAUUGGUUCUUAGUGCCAGGCUCUUGCAAAUGCUGGCGUCCUGACUACUUCGCGCGGUACGUCCGGCGCAGGCACAACGAAUUGUAA